AUGUAUUGUUUGGCAUUGUUGUCUACCAAAGACUUAAUUAUCAUUUCAGGCUUAACAUGUGUGUGCCAGUUGUGUGAAAAAACAAACUUCACUUGUGAAACAGAGGGAGCAUGUUGGACUUCUGUCAUGCUAACGAAUGGUCGGCAAGAAGUAAUAAAGGCAUGUGUUUCCCUACCGCAGCUGAAGGCACAGAUCUUCUGCCAUGGUUCAAAGAACGUAACCAGGACAGAAUGCUGCUUCACAGAUUUCUGCAACAAUAUCACCAUUUACCUGCCCACAGGUCAAGAACCAUCAAACAAAUCAAAGCUAGGACCUGUGGAGCUGACAGUAGUUAUAAUCAUACCGGUGUGUGUGUUGUCUAUUGUUUUCCUGCUGGCAGCAUACACGUGCCAAGGACACCUCUGCAGACACAGAAAGAAAAGAAGGCCAAAUAUUGAAGAACCUCUGUCUGAGUGUAAUCUGGUGAACCCAGGAAAAUCUCUCAAAGAUCUAAUUUUUGACAUGACAACAUCGGGUUCUGGAUCUGGUUUACCUCUCCUAGUCCAAAGGACAAUUGCAAGGACAAUUGUUCUUCAAGAAAUAGUUGGAAAAGGUCGAUUUGGUGAAGUCUGGCGUGGAAAAUGGUGUGGAGAGGAUGUUGCUGUGAAGAUCUUUUCCUCAAGAGAUGAAAGGUCUUGGUUUCGUGAAGCAGAAAUCUACCAGACAAUCAUGCUGAGACAUGAAAAUGUCUUGGGUUUUAUUGCUGCUGAUAACAAGGGUAUCAUUUCUAAGGAGUUGAUGAAACAGGAGAUCCAUGACAUGCAGAAGGAGCAGGUCAAUGAAUUUGUAAAAAUACUGUCUAAGCUCAUCACAUGCAUGUUUAUUUGGAAACAAGCCUUUGCAUUCAGUGAGGCUUACUCCGCAGUGUUGAGGAUUGAUCCUUUAAGAUUAAACCAAUUGCACAUUAGUUUGAACUUGUUAUAUAUUUUGUGCUUCAAAGGAAAGCCGGCUAUUUCACACAGAGACUUGAAAUCUAAAAAUAUUCUAGUCAAAAGGAACGAAACCUGUGCUAUUGCUGACUUGGGGCUAGCUGUGAAGCAUGACUCUGUAUUAAAUACAAUUGACAUACCACAGAAUCCUAGAGUAGGAACCAAGAGGUACAUGGCUCCAGAAAUACUUGAUGAUACAAUGAACAUAAAUAACUUUGAAUCUUUCAAGCGUGCAGAUAUCUACUCUCUUGGACUGGUGUAUUGGGAGAUAUCCAGAAGAUGCUCAGAUGGAGGAAUUGUAGAGGAGUACCAGUUACCUUAUUACGAAGCUGUGUCUUCUGAUCCUUCAAUAGAAGAAAUGAGAAAGGCCAUCUGUGAACAAAAGCUGAGGCCAAAUAUUCCAAAUCAGUGGCAAAGCUGUGAGGCACUCAGACUUAUGGGCCGAAUCAUGCGUGAGUGCUGGUUCACCAAUGGGGCAGCUCGACUGACAGCACUUCGCAUUAAGAAGACAAUUUCUCAACACUGUGGACAAAAUUCCAAAGCUUAAAUUUACACACCAUGUAAAAAUGGAACGGGAAAAUGUAUUUAUGUCUUUGGUUUUUGUAUUGUUUUUGAUUUUGCUCUACCUCACACGAUACUCAGAAUAGUACUGCAAAGCCCAAAUCCCAGAAUACUAGAAUGUAACUUCACCGGUUCUUCACAUUUCAUCAGAAUUAACUUUUGGUUGCUGAGUGAUGUGUGUCUUGUUUUGGCUCGUGUAUGAAAAAUGGUUUAUUUUAUGGGCAUAAUCUAUGAACAUGCUCCACAGUGUUGACAUGAUACUUCCUGCCACGGCCGCAGAAGCUCCUGAAUCACAGAGAAUGUAGGAGAAGUGAACAUCAGUGAAAAUUUAUCACCCUAGCAGGUCUCUGUUCUUGUUUGUGUUGGUGGUAUACAUGAAUGUAAUACGCUAGAGGCUAGAC